UUUGGGUCUCCGCCUCGCCCGGCUUCUUCGGCAACGCUACCUCGCCGCGAGUUCCUGGUCGGUGUCGGCGGGCUGGCGAAGGCGGCGUCUCCCCAGAGGGUUGCGAGGAAGCACCGCCGCCCUUCACGAUGAAGAUCUGGACCUCGGAGCACACCUUCGAUCACCCCUGGAAGACUGUUACUACAGCUGCUAUGCAGAAAUACCCCAAUCCCAUGAAUCCCAGCGUAGUUGGAGUUGAUGUUUUGGACCGGCAUGUUGAUACUAAUGGAAAAUUACAUAGCCACCGGCUGCUGAGUACAGAAUGGGGAAUGCCAUCCAUUGUAAAAUCACUUAUUGGUGCUUGUAGAAUGAGAACCUAUGUUCAAGAGCACUCUGUAGUUGACCCAGUUGAGAAAAUAAUGGAGCUCAAGUCUAUUAAUAUUUCAUUUACCAAUCUGGUGUCAGUAGAUGAGAGACUAAUUUAUAAACCACAUCCUCAAGAGCCAGAAAAAACUAUUUUGACUCAAGAAGCAACUAUCUGUGUAAAAGGAGUUAGUCUCAGCAGUUACUUAGAAGGACUAAUGGAAAACACAAUUUCUUCUAAUGCCAAAAAAGGACGUGAAGCAUUGGAAUGGGUCAUCAGCAAACUUAAUGCUGAAAUAGAAGAAUUCACUUCUUCAGCAAGAGGAAAUAUGAGAUCUCCAAUGGCAGCCGCUGCCUUUGUGGAAGAAUAGUAUAGAAGCUACACCAAGUUGUUAGGCCUGACAAUUUGAAAGGAACACUCUCAAGCUUCCUCAAAGCUGGAAAUAUUUAUUCUUAUACCUAUUUAAAAAAUAGAUCUGUAGUUUAGAUUUUUAAAUUAAAAUUUUGGAGAGAACUUGCCUAAAUCUCUACCUGAAGGUAACACGCAUGGCUUUUUGUUGAAUUGUACAUUCCUUAAACUGGAAUGCAGGCAUUCAAGACAGUUCAUGUGUUUGCAGAAUAUAUUCUGGGCACAAGAUUUUGAGCAGUUUGUUACAGGGUUUAGCUUUGAAGAACAAACGCUAUUACUUGAAAUAGGAUCUAAAGUGCUUUUUUAUAGGCUGUUUUCAUGAAAGUUACCAUUUUCUAACCUGAGAAGUUUGAUAUUUAACAUUCAUGUUUACAGAAGCUCCACCGUUUUGAAAACUAUUCUGAAUGUGGCAGAAAUUGCAUGCUAUAUAAUUAGAUAUGAACUAAAAGUGACUUACAAUUUCAGUUUUUCAAAGUCUUUACUUGGUAAAGAUAGUUAAAUUGUUGAACAAUGCAACUUGUUGAACUUAAUCAUUUUGGUCCCACAUUUUCUAAGAAUCAGAAAUUGUAUAAUAGCUACAUGCAUAGGUAGAAAUCGCUCCUCCCUUUUAAAAUGCAUAAUCAUGAUUUAUGUACUCCAGACAACCGAAGUCUCUUAAAUUGUACUUUGUUGUUUCUCUUUACACACACACACACACACACACACACACACACACACACACACACACACACACACACACACACACACAGAUUUUGUUUUGUUCUUUGCUAUAUAUCCACACUGCCCUACUUUCUAUCUACAGAAGUCUAGGUACUUCAGAACAAAUAUAUCUAAAUUCCAUAAGUAAAAGAAUAGUUCCCUUCCAAUAUCAAAUAGUCCUUUCUUCACAGGGGAGUAUUUAUAUAUUCAAAAACUGGAAAACCCAAAAGGCUUUUAUGUCUGUGAUACAGGUACAAUGUCAAAUGUAAGUAUCUUUGAUGAGCAGGACACUAGUAGAACUCUGGUAUCUGUCAUAAAUGACAAGAACUAAUGAGUUGUAGACAUAUCUUAAUUUCUGAAUUCUGAUUCCUUUAAUACUCUCAUCUGUGGUGCUUAGCAUGGAAUAUUGUCUUGAGAAUGUCUGUAAAUACUAUAAUAUGGACCUGAAGCUAGUUUUAAAAGUUAACAUUUCAGUAGAAGGUACUGAUUCUUAUGUGGUGAGGUGUGAUUACAAACAUUUACCAAUGCAUUUAAAUGUUAAAUAUUUUUCUACUGGGUUAUGUUUUGUCUUUUUCAUUUUUAAAAACUGCAAAAACAUUUUAUAGAGACAAUGUUAUUAAAAAAGGUUAAUGUUUGAUA